AUGGACUAUCUAAGAGAUGUGCAUGAAUGCCAUCGAUGCUCGGAUCUUGCAGCUGAAAUGGCUGCUGCCUUAGCUUCUGCAUCGAUUGUAUUCAAAGACAACAAGAAAUACUCUAAAAAGCUAGUUCAUGGUGCCGAGACUCUUUAUCAAUUCGCUCAGGAUAAAAGGGGUAGAUACAUUGCUGAUAUUACAGAUGCUUCGAUUUUCUAUAAUUCCACUAGUUACUGGGAUGAGUUCAUUUGGGGUGCAACGUGGUUAUUUUAUGCUACUGGUAACACUUCUUACCUUGAACGCGCUACAUCACGAGUUCUAGCGAAACAUGCUGGUGCUUUCUCUGGUGGCCCUAGUUAUGGUAUUCCCAGUUGGGAAAAUAAACCCAGACCCUAG